AUGGCUUCCAAGGCCAUGUGGGAGGUCGACCCCGAGACGCGAGCCAAGCUGGCCGCGAUUCAAAAGGAGGCCAAGAACAACGUCUGCUGCGACUGUAACGCCCCGUCUCCGCAAUGGGCCUCCCCAAAGUUUGGCGUGUUUAUCUGCCUGUCAUGCGCCGGUGUUCACAGAGGCCUCGGUGUGCACAUUUCGUUCGUGCGCAGUAUUUCCAUGGACGCCUUUAAGCAGGUCGAGAUCGAGCGGAUGCGCCUCGGUGGCAAUGAAAACUGGCGCAACUUCUUUGAGCAGCACGAGGAUACCAAGAUGAGGGGCGUCUCAUGGGACGACGCGACUAUUGCCGAGCGAUACAGCGGAGAGGUGGGUGAGGAGUGGAAGGACAGGCUCACGGCCAAUGUUGAGGGCAAGGAGUACGUUCCCGGAGAGAAGAAGGCCGCGCCCGCUCCGGCUGCCGCCAAACCCGUCAGCAGGACCGGCACGCCGCUGAGCGGCAUCAACAGCCGCUCGGCCAGUCCCGGCAGGAAGGUUAAGGUCGACGACAAGUACUUCUCCAAGCUCGGUGCCGAAAACGCCUCAAGACCCGACAACCUGCCGCCGAGCCAGGGCGGCAAGUACGCGGGCUUUGGCAGCUCGCCGAUGCCCGAGAAGAACGAAGCUGGCAUGCCGACAGUCGACGACCUGCAGAAAGACCCCAUGGCCGCGCUGAGCAAGGGCUUCGGCUGGUUUACGAGCACCGUCUCCAAGACGGCCAAGACGGUCAACGAUGGCUACAUUCAGCCCACAGCGAAACAGCUGGCUGAAUCCGACUUUGCGAGACAAGCUCAGGUCGCCGCCGGCAACGUCGGCCGCGCAGCGCAGCAGGGUGCCCGCAACGCCCAUGAUGGCUUCAACCGAUUUGUCGAGGGCGGUCCUAAUACCCAAGGCGGCCAGGGAUCAAGACAGGCGCCCUUGGACGAGAGCAAGAAGGACUUUUGGGACAGCUUCUCGAACCUUGCGGACCAGAGGCAGACAAACAGCGGCAGCUCCAUCGGCACAUCGGCUAUGGGCAAGAAGACCGGCGGAGCUGCGGCGCCCGCAACGAAGAAGGACAACGAUGGCUGGGAUGACUGGUGA